GCCUGCCAAGCAUACUUCCGCUCCGCAGCGCAGGAGUUUCAAACCUCUACUCUCGUGUCCCCCACUGAGAGCGAGUCAGGUAUUGUACUGGUUGCGGUGCCCGAACCCAUCUUUUAAACAUUUCUAGAGGCCAAAGAGGACCAGCACAAUGGUCUUUAUUCUGGGGGUCAACUUCCCCGAGCACCGAUUCGUCUGGCGCUCUCUGGAAACCUUCUUUGGCAUCGGCCCGUUUACCCGCCAGCGCAUUAUGGCCCGCUUCCACCUGCACGAUACGAUGAAAGUCGGCGAACUCACACAAACCCAAGUGCUCGACCUUACGGCGCACCUUGACUCGAUGAAGCUUGAAAACCACCUACGCCGCCAGAUUCAGCAAGAUAUUCAACGACUCCGAGAUACGGGAACAUACCGAGGGCGACGUCAUGCCAUGAACCUGCCGGUUCGGGGCCAGAAUACCCGAAGCCAGGUCAAGACUGCAAGAAAACUGAACCGGGUGGAAAGGUUCUAGGACCUGUUGUCCUUCAUUUUGUCAGGGGUGAUCUUUACUAUGGCGUAUCGAGAAAUGGCACCAAAAAUGGGUAUCAACAUGAUUGGGACUGUGGGUGGUGCGGCUUUGUACCGUCCUUUGAAGAGUACUUGCAUUGCAACAGGCGUUGGGAUUCUGCUCAACAGUGCUUCGCAUAUUCGGAACAAAUGUAUUGUUCGUGAUGGGCCUCUGAGAGGACCAUCUGGCAAUAAGGAUCUAUAUUCUGUCUUUGUUUCAAUCUCGAAUGUAGAGUACGGCAGAAAAAUCAGAGCACUCCAGAUAUAAACAAACGUCUAUUUCAUAUACA